AUGGAAAGACUUGACAUUGGGAUCCCUAGAGGAUACUGGUCAACAAUAAACUGCAAAGGAGAUCUGCCUCGACCAAAAAGCGGCCAUUCAGCUGUACAGUACAAAGGUCGAGAAAUGUAUGUUUUUGGUGGAUUUGAUGGAAACACAGUCUUAAAUGAGCUUGGGUGUCUAGAUCUCUAUACACAAACAUGAACAAAACUUCAUGAAGAAUCCAGUCCAGGCCCUAAUAUGCCUUCACCAAGAUGCUCUCAUGCAGCUGCUAUUAAUAAGCAAACUGGUUGUAUGUAUUAUCCAAGACUUCUUUUUUCGGGCUAUAUCGAUAUCUUCCGAUAUCAACUGAAUGUUGGAAAUCAACUCCAGAGGCAAAUCCACUUGCUACAGGAGAUAUAUAUUGUGAAAGCAAAAAGGAGGCUCAGGAUAUAUAUUUUUGGAGGUAGUGGGCAGCAUUUUGGAUAUUCUAAUAAAGCUGAUUUGUUCAAAUAUACCAUUAGUACUAAGGCGUGAAAUGAAGUUUUAUGUAUUGGAGAAGCUCCAAGUGCAAGAUAUGGACAUUCUAUGCAAUGCAUUAAUGGUAAUUUGCUUAUUUUUGGCGGAUCAGAUGGGUUCAAAUUUUUCGGUGAUUUGUAUUUACUUGACUUAAGCAAUCUUAUCUGGCAAAAAGUAAAAACAAAAGGCACUUCUCCACCUAUAAGAUACAAACACAGCGCUUUAUGCUAUGGAGAUAAAAUGCUGAUUAUUGGCGGAGGAGAUACUACUUCCCAUUAUGGCGAUGUUUGAACAUUAGAUUCUACUUUUACAUGGUCUCAAAUUUCUAAUAAUAUUGUUCCUUCAGGAAGAUCAUGCCACACAGCAGAAAUCUGCGGAAAUGAGAUUUACUUAUUUGGAGGAGGCCUUGAAAAACGAUAUGCCGAUCUAUGAAAAUACUGCUUAACAAAAAAUGAAUGAACCGAAGUGGCUCAAAGAGGCCCUGCACAGCCACCAAGAAAUUUUCACUCAUCUGUACUAUGUGAUGAAUAUAUUGUUUUAUUCGGAGGAAAUUUAAACCAAGAUACAAAUAAUAGGUCAAAUGAUACUUUAGUCUAUAGGCUAGCUGACUAUUUACCUGUUUAUAGAUCGCCUCUAUUGCAAUUGGAAGAAUGGUUAGAUAGACCUGGCACUCAUGCUGACACAAGGUUGAUUUUUGAAGAUGGCGAAUUAUAUUCUCAGCAGUCCUUAUUGAAAUUUAGAGUGCCUUUGCUUCAUCAAUUUAUUGAGCAAUUUGGAAACCAAAAAUUAAUAAGAGUUCCUUGCAGUAUCAAAAUAGGAAGAGCUUUAUGCAGUUUUAUAUAUAAAGAUGAGCUUGAUAUGACAUUAAAUACAACAGAUGCUUUGAAUCUCCUAUCAAUCGCGACGAAAUAUGGAAUUUCAUCAUUAAUGACCAAGAUAAUUUUAUAUUUAUUUUAUAAUGUAUCUCAUGAAAAUGUUAUAGAAGUUACAAACUGUCUUAGUCAAAAUAGUAUAGGCGGUAUUUUGCAUAGAAAUGAACUUAGAGCUAAUAGAGCUAAAUAUAUUCACGAGCAAGGGCAUAGGCCAGAAUUAUCAAGUAUGAUACGCCUAAUUAUAAUAAAUAUAGACAUUUCAACUGGUAUCUGUUAUUAUAUUUUCAUUUUAAGUAUGAUAACGGUUGACUGGUAAAAUGCUAUAUUUAUUGAUAUUAGGCAUAGCUUCUGAAAAUUUAGAAAAGCUCACAGAAAAACUAUAUUUUUCUUAUAUAAAAUAUAUAGUAGAAUUUUUUGAGGAUUUGCAAAGGAAAAGAAUUUAUUCGCCACAAAAAGUUGAAAGCAUUGUCAAUAUAGACGUGCAAAACCAAUUAAAAAAGAAAAAAGAUAAAAAAGUUAAAGAAGAAGGUAAAUUUUUGAUAUUUGAUGAAGAGAAUAGCUUGUAUAACAGUUUGGAGCUUUUACAUAAUGAUGAUCAAUCAAAAGAUCUUACAUUAAUAGCAGAGGGAGGAGAAAUAAAGGUGCAUUCUUUUAUGAUGGUUUCUGGGAGCAUCUUUUUUAGAUCAUUAAUAUUAAACCCAUUUGCAGAGUCUCAAGAAAAUCAAAUUCAAAUUGAUACUGUCCCUAUAGAAGCUUUAAUCCCGUUAACAAAAUAUAUUACAUGCUUAGAAAAUCUCAAAUUAAUUUUUAUGCAUAUCAUUCAUUAACAUAUAAAAAAUUAGAGAUUAAAUUCAUAUAUAAAUACAAUGUGCAUAUAUGUUCGUAUACAUUUAUUUAGGGUCUCAAGGAAUAAAAGAAAUUUCUAUAGAAGAGCAGUCACAAUUAGUCCCUUAUGCUGAUUAUCUUCAGCUUACAAAUCCAGAUUUAAAAGAUAUUAUAGGCGCUUCAAUUGAUGAUAUAAUAUCAAAGGAAAAUGUUUUUGAGUACUUAAAUAUUGCGCAUCAAAUGCAAGCUGCAGUGAUGAAGAAGAAAAUCAUAGAGUAUUUCAUUGAAAAUUAUGCAGAGUUUGUAGAAAGAGAAGAAAUGUCAGCUCUUCCUGUGGAAAUUUUAGUAGAGCUUCAUAGAUGGAGAGCCAAAAUAUAA